CCCAGGCCAGUCAGCCUUCAGGUCCACCGAAUGCUAGAGAAGUAUUGUAUGAAGAUUGAAGUGGGAGUUCUGCCCCGUCCAGCGUGCAUCUUCGUGCAUCUACAGACUCGCUACACCCCGUAUUUCGCCUCCCAUACUACCCUCGUCGACCACACGCCGUGGAACGAUGCUUGGACAACCACUGACAGUGUUGAACCACCGCGUUGUCCAAUGGUAUACAGACGUAAGACGAGACAAAGGAGGGAACAACCGUUCAUUAACUUGCCAAACCCUGCAGUGCCAGACUACAGUGCCUGUCAGGGGGUACGAGACGCCCUGCCAUGUGGACUGGCCUAGUUAUACAGGUCGCACUGACUUGUAUCGGCAGACCACCACCAAUCCGUGCCAUUCGCCAUCCAUCAGUCACCUGCCCUUCCACUUCGCAGCACCAUCCCCCGUCGCUCAGCAUGCCACCAUCUCUCCUCCGCCGCCGCUGUAAAGUACUUAGUUCGAGCCGCAGCACUCCCGACAUGCAUCCCGUCCGCCCGCCUGCAACGACCAUCGUGACCAUGAAGCCCACCAGUCACGCAUGUCAGAAAAAUGCGGAAAUGUGACCACGCUGCGCUCCGCGGAGGGGAAUCCAGUUGUUUCCAGUGGCUAUGGUCGGGGGUUGGCUCACCUUAGAUGGAGCUGUCUGGCUGCAUUUCUAGUUACGCAAAAGGAAGCUCGCAAGAAGUCUCG